GGCGGGGUCAGAGCUGCCCGCCGGGGCCGCAGCGGCGGGGCCGAGCCGCCUGUCCCGGCCCGCAGCCCCGCGGCGGCAGCGCGGGGUUCGCCGCCAUGACGGGCAGUAAUAUGUCUGAUGCUCUGGCAAAUGCGGUGUGUGAGCGCUGCCAGACGCGGUUUGAUCCUGCGGAGAGGAUUGUGAACAGCAAUGGGGAGCUCUAUCACGAGAACUGCUUUGUCUGUGCUCAGUGCUUUCGGCAGUUCCCAGAGGGACUCUUUUAUGAGUUUGAAGGUAGGAAGUACUGUGAGCAUGACUUCCAGAUGCUGUUUGCUCCUUGCUGCGGGGAAUGUGGUGAGUUCAUUAUUGGACGUGUUAUCAAGGCAAUGAACAACAACUGGCACCCAGAAUGUUUCCGCUGUGAGCUCUGCGAUGUAACCCUUGCUGACCUGGGUUUUGUGAAGAACGCUGGCAGGCAUCUGUGCAGGCCAUGCCAUAACCGUGAAAAAGCUAAGGGACUGGGCAAGUACAUCUGUCAGAAGUGCCACUUGAUAAUUGAUGAGCAGCCUCUGAUGUUUAGGAAUGAUUCCUAUCAUCCAGAUCACUUCAACUGCACCCACUGUGGGAAGGAGCUGACUGCCGAGGCCCGGGAGCUGAAGGGGGAGCUGUACUGCCUGCCAUGCCACGACAAGAUGGGGAUCCCCAUCUGCGGUGCCUGCCGCAGGCCCAUCGAGGGCCGGGUGGUCAAUGCUCUGGGGAAGCAAUGGCAUGUUGAGCAUUUUGUUUGUGCCAAAUGUGAGAAGCCAUUCUUGGGGCACCGACACUAUGAAAAAAAAGGGCUGGCCUAUUGUGAGACUCAUUAUAAUCAGCUCUUUGGAGAUGUUUGCUACAACUGCAGCCACGUGAUAGAGGGAGAUGUGGUAUCAGCUCUUAACAAGGCCUGGUGUGUGAAUUGCUUCUCCUGCUCCACCUGCAACAUCAAGCUCACAUUGAAGAAUAAAUUCGUGGAGUUUGACAUGAAGCCUGUGUGCAAGAAGUGCUAUGAGAAAUUCCCUCUGGAGCUGAAGAAACGUCUGAAGAAAUUGUCAGAGCUGGCAUCCAAGAAGACCCAUCCUAAAGCUUUAGAUUUAAACUCUGCUUAAACACAUCUGUCAGUCUCCUGAUGCACUCUUAACACAAGCUGCUCCUCACUGCAGCUGUUGAUUACAGAAGCAAUUACUAAGAAGUGGAACCAAAGAUAAGUAGUACCUUUCCCUGCUUCUGGUGAUGUCUCUUGCAUCUAGACUGUCCCUUUUCUCAAGCAAUUGUCUGUUAACACUGGCAGGAAGAGGAGUAUGAUUUCUGCUUGAGCAGCAUGCAGGCUCAUUAUUAAUUUGCUACUAACAUUGCAUUUUGCCUUUGUGGAGUUAUACACAGUCUUUCGUUCCUCAGUUGAACUGUACUACUCUUUCCACUCCUCUAGUCUAAGGAGUUUGGAAAAAGUGGUUGAGUGUAGGGCUGGAAGAAAUGUCAGAUUUUCUAUUUUUCAAUCAGAGUAUCAAAAUUUUUCUUCUUACUCUGGGUGAAGAAAUUUUUUUUGUUUUUAGUAUAUAGGCAAAUAUUCUGAAAGUUGUCACUCUUUGCUGCCAGCAAAACGUUCUGGUCUUUCUCCAGAUUCCUACAGAGAAUAUGGGUGCCCUACAGUCCUUCUGGUUUGUAGGUUUACUGGACAAUCCCAGGAACCAAUAGCUAUGGCUUCCGCACUGCCCACUUAGGCCCAGUGUUAAGGCAGCUAAGAAGUUUGCUUUGCUGCUUCCCUGCUCACUAAGGAGAUUUCAGCUGUCAAGGCCAUGUGAGCCUGUUCAGAAUAGCUGGGCUCUCCUUAAGGAGAAGGUGGCUGCGGGAAACUAAACAUUUUAUUAGAACUGACGCUAAAUUUCUUUGUUCUCUACUACUACAUGGCUGGCAGAGUGGUCAGUAUAAAGUGAGUCCUGUCCACUGGCAUAGCUGAUAUUUAUUGAGGCAGUGUGGCUGGAGCAUUGGUUACUCUUUUGCAUAAGGAAACCGAAUGGAUAAUAUGGUACCAAUUUAAGCACUUCAGUUUUCCCAUUCUCACUUUAUUUGCAAGCCAAGUAUAUGUUUGUUGGUCAUGCUUCAGAAAGCCCAAUUACAUCACGGAGUUUCUAAUGUAUGCCAUUUGUAGCAAAUGUGGUGCUAGGCAGAAAAAAAAGCCCAUUUUUCUUUAAAUUUUUACCCAAAAAAGAGUUUCCCAUUCAUCUUUCUUUUUAAGACCUGAGUAUACUUAAGGAAAGAAUCUCAGACAUGACUCUAACAUUCUCAAGCAUAUAGUCCUCCUCUGUAAUUUUGCCUGUCACCAGUGAAGUUUCAGUGGUCUACUGUCUCUGCUACCACAACCCUAGGUGCUGAGAUAUCUACUGGUUUUGGAUAUUCUCAAUACUUCUUUAGAGGUGAGCCAUCAGCAGUGCUGUUUCUGAGUCCACCUGCACAAUGUAUGAUCCCCGUGAGCUUCGGAGGCCCCCGGAGGUGACCCCCUUACUUCCUUGUGCUGAACCAAGCUGAGCAGCCUGAAAAUCCCUUUCCAGGAACAGUUGUGAGACUGUUGCAAGGCUGACAAGCACUGGAGGAUUACUGUCCUUUGCAUGGUUUAAGUCUUCCGAAAAAUGGCUAGUUUAGUCAGUCAAAUGAACACAGCAGUUGGGCCUAGACAACACCCUGCAGCCCCAGGUGAAUUAGGUAGCAAGAAGUUAAAGCUUCCCCACUUCAUGUAUGUGUGAGCAGCAAUUGGAUAGGGGCAAUAAUCUACUUUAGAAUUGUGUUACCAUGCUUGCUGGAUCUACUACCCGUGGAACUGCACCAGUGAUACCACAGCAGUGGUGGGAAAUCCUGGAUAACUGCGUGCAGAUCAGAAUCCCCCAUGUGAGACCAUCUUAGAUCUUCACUGCCUUUGCUAACUCAGUUUCCAUCAGCUGCCUUGCUUUUUGUUGCUGUAAGUUACCAUAAUCUUUUAACUGGGUUACAGUGUAUCCACUCUAAUAAUGAUGAGGGGAUAGGCCUAAUUUUAACAGUAAACUCUUUCAUCUUUUCCUGCACUGUAGAUUCCAAUAAUAGUAGCUGCUUGUGUCACUGCUUUAGGAGAACACAUUGGCUAUUCACUGUUCUCUCACCAGCCUUAAAAUGGUCUUUUAGUUAAGGGCACAAAGAACAGCACAUCUUUUGGUGCAGUAGUGUGGCCCUGCAAAGACCCCCGUUUGCAAUGAAACCUGUUGUUUGGCAUUUUGUCAUCGCAUAAAACACUUGAAGUUCUAACCUAGGUGCAGCUCAGUAUGUUAUGCAGAUUUGUCUCAGCAUAAAGCAUUCUGGUCUGUUCCUGUAAUCUCAGUCCCAGGCCAUGUUUAAUGCUGAAUCUGAGCAGCUGUGUAUCCCCAGCCUCCUGGGAAGUGGUGGAGGAACAGACAGUCACACAUUCCUGGUAAAUAUGGAAGGACUGAGUAACUAGCAGCCAGCAGGUAAUACUCUUUCAGCAGCCACUCUCACGUUCAGCAAUGGAAAGUGCAUGUAUGUGAAGGCGAAUGGAUUUACUUCUGUGCUGCCAGUAAAGAUUUAGUAUGGGCUCUCGCCUUGUCUCAUGUUAGAAAUUUGGCAGACCUAGAAAGCUUCAGAGUUCAAAGGAGAGUUGAUAUAAUUCUCUAUUCAGUUCUCUAAGAUUUGGAGUAUGUCCUUAUCUUCAGGAUAUUUCGUAAAGUUAGUUGGUGAAAAAAAUCACUGUAAUCCCUGACCUCUAUAUUAGUGGAGGGUGAUACUCUCAUAAAUUAUUAAUUUUCCACAAUUAUUUUUCUUAUACAUCUGCUGCCCAUAGCCUGCAAUGUGCAGAGUUACAGUAGUUUAUAUUACCAACAUACCUUUUGUGUGAGAGUGGAAUUGAAGGAGUAGGAGAAAUAACUAUAAAUGUUUUAAAAAAAUACAUCUUCCUCUACUUCUGUCAGUCUACAUUUUAAAAACCAAGUAGAAUAUAGUGCAAACUUACAAGUUCUCCUUAGUGCCUUGGUAGGCUGACAGGUUGGAUUUUGUUUUCUUUAUAAUAAAUAUAGUCAAGGUGUCAGUCAGAAAUAGGCUGCAUGCUUUUUUCCAUUGCUGUAAAUAGACCUGCUGGCCAAAUUCUUCCUAAGUAUCACACCACUGGAGAGUAGAGAUUAAUAUCAAGGUUGAACUUGGCUCAGAAAUCUACACUUACUAAAAGGUGUUGUCUCAUACUAUUCACUUAUAGUUUACAUUCAUAUUUUUACAUAAUUAAAAGCACUAACACUCACUGAGUACACUUGAAAAUGGUUUUGCUUUUAGAAAGCAUGGUAUGUGAAGCUUCUUUGUAUUCAAAGGGUAUGCUAAUCACUUGCAGCCUUUCUUUAUGGCACUAACCUGCUCUCUAGGAUUUGUGUCUGAUGUUUUUACAGCAGUCUGUGCAAUGCUGGCAAACACUGGUCAGCCUUUUGUACAGAGAAUUCCUGAUGUGGCAUGAUUGGUGUUAGAUGAUACGACUGACACACUUUCAGAAGUGAUUGGAUGGGGAGGGAAUAAAUUGCAGGCAAGCAUGUAAUAAACAUGGUUAUACUAGUCUGUAAAGCACUGUUAAGUGCUGAGGGUAUUAGACUGAGAAAAGAAUUAGCAGUUCCCUGCCUUGAUUCAGGCCUUGAUGGGUUCUGCACCGUGUAGAGCUCUCAUUUUAUCACACUUUGUUUUAGCUGUCUAACCAAAACACGAUUGUGGAUUGAAAUGCUGUAAUACUGUGCCUUUGUAUGUUCUUGUAUUAAAGUUACUGUAAUACAUUUUAAAUCUUUACCCAAAAAAAAAAGGGAAAAGAUUUGUAUAGUGUACAGUUAAUACCAUAUUUUCAGUGCUUAGCCAGAGAGCAUUACCCACUCUGAGGAGCUCUGGUUUUGCCCAAACCUUAGGAACUGCUGUGGUGAAUUCACAUUUUGGACCUGUGCUGCUUCUGUGGUGAUGUGUUGGUUGAUGAGGAUGUGCAGAAAGGGGGAUCAUCCUUUUAGCAGCUGUCUUGUACUAAUUGUGUUGUGUAUUUAAUGAGCAGAUGGGAUGCUAUGAUCAUUUACAGGAUAUAGUGGAUAUUUGGUAGAUCUGGGUUACAUGGAUCUGGAGCAAACAUUCACUUGGUAAAAAAAGGACAUUGUGGUUGA